CGAUGUUACGCUCUAGCUACCGCGGCCGCCGCUCUAUGGUACUCGGGAGGACUGGCUCACUUUGCGACUCUUGCUGCCGGAGCACGGCACUUUCUGGUUCCUUAUUCACUUCACAUUCAACAUGGCGUCGGGCAGCGGGACUAAAAACCUGGACUUCCGUCGGAAGUGGGAUAAAGAUGAAUAUGAGAAACUUGCAGAGAAACGGCUCACGGAAGAGAGAGAGAAGAAAGAUGGCAAACCAGUUCAGCCUGUCAAGAGGGAACUUCUGCGGCACCGAGACUAUAAAGUGGAUCUGGAAUCCAAGCUGGGGAAAACCAUUGUCAUCACCAAAACUACCCCUCAGUCAGAGAUGGGAGGAUAUUACUGUAAUGUAUGUGACUGUGUGGUGAAAGACUCCAUCAACUUCUUGGAUCAUAUCAAUGGCAAAAAGCAUCAAAGGAAUCUGGGCAUGUCCAUGAGGGUGGAGCGCUCCACACUAGAUCAAGUGAAAAAACGCUUUGAAGUGAACAAGAAGAAAAUGGAGGAGAAGCAAAAGGACUAUGACUUUGAGGAGAGGAUGAAGGAGCUCAGAGAAGAGGAGGAAAAGGCCAAAGCGUAUAAGAAGGAAAAACAGAGAGAGAAGAAGAGGAGGGCAGAGGAAGACUUGACAUUUGAAGAGGAUGAUGAAAUGGCAGCUGUGAUGGGUUUCUCUGGCUUUGGCUCUACCAAGAAGACUCACUGAUCAGCUCUGGACUUUCCCCUUUCUUUAUAAAGAUUGUUUAUACCCCCCAGGACUCUGGAAGACUCUUCAAAGACUUGAUGGAGAAUUUGUAUGUAAUUCUCCCACUAGACGUUGGCUGGAGGAGUUGGGAAGCAAUUUCACGUUCAACUUGUGCUGCAGAACAAGCUCUGUCCCCAGUCAUUAGUGCCCCACUGCCUGCAGAGAUACCGUAACCUUUAGCCUAGCUCUAAAUUCCAAAUACAGACCUUUCAAUUAGCGUCUUCUCCACAAACUGCCCCUGUCCCAUCCUGCAGUAAAUUCUGUGGAGUUCUCCUGGUUUCUGUCUUUUUGAUUCUUUUCAUCUUUUGUGCGGAGUCUGCAAUAUUUCUUUUGGAAACCCCAUUGGCCUUUAGCCACCUCAUUCUUUGUACUAGUCCUGGCUGCUUGUCACUUUGUGUUCUGUGGCCUUGUGUGUAUGCUGGGAAACAUUCUGUUGGGUACCUUUUAGUGUUAAACUAAUAAAAUUCUGUACAGAUGGUAUGGUUCAGGAAUUGCUCGUCCAUCUGAGAAAUGGGUAUACUUUUUGUUUGCUUAAAAUACAGAUAAUUCUUUAAUUUUUUUUAGAAUGUGUAACUAAAGGAAUUACACUGUAAUGAGUGUUUAAAUAUGGAUUGUAUAGGUUGAAUUUUUAUUUCUUUUGUUGAGAAGAGCUUGAGGCUUUUUGGACACUGGGUUUGCUGAAACUUCUUUUUGUAUUUUAUCUGCAAUGGGCUCUAUUUUUAUUUUCACUGUUUUCCUUGUGUUCAGUGGUGUAAUCAGAAUUUCUUUAGCUUAGGUAAGGAAUACCUUUCUGGGACUUACCUAGGAUAGAGCUAAAGGGAAAACAGCAGAGAAAUAUGUGGAAUUUGCCUAAAAUAAAUAAUUUGUUGUUGUUGUUGUUG